CCGCUCCGCUGCUCCGGCUCGUCCCGCGCGUCGCGGCGCUCCCGGCAUGGCGGAGAGCCCGGGGCGGGCCCCGGAGAGCAGCGAUGUCCCGCGGGAGGGAGGUGAGGACGAGGCGGCGGCGGGGGCUCGGCCCGGGCUGUGCCCCGAGGGGGCGGCCGAGCCCCCGGACGGACCCGCGGAGCGGCCGCCGCUGAGCGCGGAGGCGGCGCCGGAGCCGCGAGGGGACAGCGGCUCCCCCGAGAGCCCGGGGACAUCGAGCGGGGACAGCGGCUCCCCCGAGAGCCCGGGGACACCGAGCGGGGACAGCCCGGGGCACGAGGGGCAGCCGGGCGGGGAGCCGGGAGUGGCGCACGGGCCCGAGGGCUCCGCGGCGGUCCGGGCAGAGCCCGAGGGAGAGGCGGUGGCAGCGGCGGGGACGGAGCCUGAAGGGGCAGCCCCGGGGGGGAUGGAGCCCGAGGACGCGGUUGUGAGCCCGGCGGGGACGGCGCAGGAAGAGGCAGCCCCGGCAGGGACGGAGCCCGAGGGGGCACGGGUUGCUCCGACGGGGACGGAGCCCGAGAAAGCAGCACCGGCGGGGACGGAGCCUGAGGGAAUGGCGGUGGCACCGGCGGGGACGGAGCCCCAGGAGAGAGAGGCGGUGAGGGAGCAAGGCCCGGCGGAGAGAGAGCCCCGGGAGGCGGCCACGACUGUCCCGGCAGAACCAGAGCCUGAGGAGGCUGCGGCGACAGCCCCGGCGGGGACAGAGCCCGGGGAAGCACAGGCGACAGCCCCGGCGGGGACAGAGCCCGGGGAAGCACAGGCGACAGCCCCGGCGGGGACAGAGCCCGGGGAAGCACAGGCGACAGCCCCGGCGGGGACAGAGCCCGGGGAAGCACAGGCGACAACCCCGGCGGGGACAGAGCCCGGGGAAGCACAGGCGACAACCCCGGCGGGGACAGAGCCCGGAGACGCGCAAGGACAGGCGGGCCCAGAGGCAACAGAGCCCGAGGAGGCUGUCGCGACAGCCCCGUCCGGGACAGAUCCCGAGGAAGCUCCGAGGGAGGAAGCCCCGUCGGGGACAGUCCCUGAAGAUGCGGUGCAAGAGGCAGCCCCGACAGGGACAGAGCCCGAGGAGGCCGCAGUGACAGCUCCAGCGGGGACAGUCACCGAGGAUGCGGUGCAGGGGGAAACCCCAGAGGGGACAGUCUCCGAGGAUGAGGUGCAGGAGGCAGCCCCGACUGGGACAGUCACCGAGGAGGGGGCGGCCCCGGUGGGGACAGACCCCGAGGAUGCUGUGCAGGAGUCAGCCCCGUCGGGGACAGUCACCGAGGAGGCGCUGGGGACAGUCGCCGAGGAUGAGGUGCAGGAGGCAGCCCCGGCUGCUGUGACAGUCCCCGAAGAGGCGUUGGGGACAGUCCCUAAGGAUGAGCUGCAGGAAGCUGGGACAGUUCCCGAGGAGGGGGCGGCCCUGCUGGGGACAGUCCCUAAGGGUGAGGUGCAGGAGGCAGCUCAGGCAGGGACAAUCUCUGAGGAGGUGCUGGGGACAGUCCCCGACGAUGCGGUGCAGGACAGAGCUCCAGCAGGAACAGUCCCUAGGGAUGCGGUGCAGGAGGAAGCCCCGGGUGAUGUGACAGUCCUCGAGGAUGCAGUGCAGGAGCCAGCCCCGGCUGAUGUGACAGUCCCCGAGGAUGCAGUGCAGGAGCCAGCCCCGGAUGAUGUGACAGUCCCCAAGGAUGCAGUGCAGGAGCCAGCCCCGGGUGAUGUGACAGUCCCCAAAGAUGCAGUGCAGGAGCCAGCCCCGGAUGAUGUGACAGUCCCCGAGGAUGCAGUGCAGGAGCCAGCCCCGGGUGAUGUGACAGUCCCCAAGGAUGCAGUGCAGGAGCCAGCCCCGGCUGAUGUGACAGUCCCCAAAGAUGCGGUGCAGGAGCCAGCCCCGGGUGAUGUGACAGUCCCCAAGGAUGCAGUGCAGGAGCCAGCCCCGGAUGAUGUGACAGUCCCCAAAGAUGCAGUGCAGGAGCCAGCCCCGGAUGAUGUGACAGUCCCCGAGGAUGCAGUGCAGGAGCCAGCCCCGGAUGAUGUGACAGUCCCCAAAGAUGCAGUGCAGGAGCCAGCCCCGGCUGAUGUGACAGUCCCCAAGGAUGCAGUGCAGGAGCCAGCCCCGGAUGAUGUGACAGUCCCCAAAGAUGCAGUGCAGGAGCCAGCCCCGGAUGAUGUGACAGUCCCCAAGGAUGCAGAGCAGGAGCCAGCCCCGGGUGAUGUGACAGUCCCCGAGGAUGCAGAGCAGGAGCCAGCCCCGGAUGAUGUGACAGUCCCCCAGGGCGCGGUCCCUGCGGAGGGCAGCGCGGAGCCUCCCGAGAGCCGCGGGCCAGCGCAGGUGGCCUCGCCCGCCCAAGGGCCCCCGGCCCGCGGUCCCCGGUCCCCGGGCGGGCCCGGUGGCGAGGCGGAGGCGGAGCGGGGACCGCCAGCCCCGGCGGGGACCGGAGCCCCGGGGCCCGAGAGCGGCUGGGAUCGGAGCCUGAACGGGGAGCGGGAGCGGGAGCAGCUCCGGGAGGACGGGACGGGCUCGCCGGGCGCCCCGGAGGAGGAGGAGGAGGAGGAGAAGCAGGACCACGACAUCUCCCUCUUCGUCAAGGCUGGCAGCGAUGGGGAAAGUAUUGGGAACUGCCCGUUCUCUCAGCGCCUCUUCAUGAUCCUGUGGCUCAAAGGUGUCAUAUUUAAUGUCACAACCGUGGAUCUGAAAAGAAAACCUGCAGACCUGCAGAACCUGGCCCCAGGCACCAACCCCCCGUUCAUGACCUUUGAUGGGGAGGUGAAGACCGAUGUCAACAAGAUUGAGGAGUUCUUGGAGGAGAAGCUGGCGCCGCCCCGGUAUCCCAAACUUGCACCGAAGCACCCUGAGUCGAACUCUGCAGGAAAUGAUGUCUUUGCAAAAUUCUCUGCAUUUAUAAAGAACCCGAGAAAAGAUGCAAAUGAAAAUUUGGAAAAAUCUUUGCUUAAAGCCCUGAAGAAGCUGGACAACUAUUUAAAUAGCCCCCUGCCUGAUGAAAUUGAUGCUUACAGCACGGAGGAGAUCACUGCUUCCAGCCGGAAAUUCCUGGAUGGAGAUGAGCUCACUUUAGCAGAUUGCAACCUCCUACCAAAGCUCCACAUAAUCAAGGUCGUUGCAAAAAAAUACCGAAAUUUUCACUUCCCACCUGAAAUGACAGGGAUUUCCAGAUACUUGAAAAAUGCAUAUGCAAGAGAUGAAUUCACAAACACGUGCCCUGCUGACCAGGAGAUUGAAUAUGCUUAUUUGGAUGUGGCAAAGAGAAUGAAGUAACCUGAAGAUGCCUCUGUUUAUUGCUUCUGCGAUGGACAACAGCCAAGCUGGAAGAGCAAAAACCAGCAGAGAUUCUGCAGUGUGAUUUUAAGUUCUGCUAUUGGCCAAUCCUUUUAUAAUGAUUGUAUUGCAUUAUUUACUCCUUCUUAAAAUAA